ACACUGCCCCACACUCCCUCACACCUCCCUGCAGCCCCACCAUGCUGGACUCGCUGACCUUCCUGCUGGAGAAGCUCUUUCUCCUCACCAACUUCUCCCUCAUCUUCAGGAAGAGCUGGCCUUCAGACGACUGCUCCCCCAAAUCCGCACCAACCGCGCCAACAGUGCCCCCUAUCCGCAGAGGCGACCUGCUGGAGGUGCAGCGCACGCUCUUCGUCCACUUCGGCAUCUACCUGGGCGACAACAAGGUGGCGCACCUGAUGCCGGACAUCAUGCCGGUGCUGACCAACGACCCCAAGGUGGUCCACACGGUGGUGACCAAUAAGAGGCUGAUCCUGGGCUGUAUCUAUAGAAACGCCAGUGUGCGCGUGGACUCGGUGGAGGACUUUGCGUACGGUGCUAAUAUUAUCGUAAACGACAUGGACAGGAAAAUGAAAAAUCCCGCCAUAUCUAACGAAGACGUAGCGAGAAGAGCGGAGAAGCUGAUUGGUGCAAUUCCCUACAGCUUGCUUUGGAAUAACUGUGAACAUUUCGUUACCUACUGCAGGUACGGAGCAGCGGUGAGCCAACAAACCGAGAAGUUCUGCACGGGUCUGAAGACGGCUAUCCGGGAUCAGAGAAGCGUUCUCCUGACGGUGCUGCUGGGAGUGAUGUCCAUCAUCUGCUUCGGCCCCGCCCCCUGCACCACCCUGCCCACCAUCUUCAUCCCCUUCACCCUGUGGAUGGCAGGCUGAGCAGCAGCUCACACACCAGCUCCUGAACCAACUCCACCCGUGUUCUUACAGUACAGCAGCCUCUGACCCCGCCCAAACUCACACUCAGCACCAGCAGUACCAUCAUCACCACCACCAACAUCACCAACAUCACCACAGAGCCACGCCAUGCUGACCCACACCCUUAUAAACCAACAGCCAGGUUCUGAACAUCACCACCAAAAAAAGAUGAGCGCACAGCGUCAUAACGAGAUCAUUUUGGAUGAUCUUUCAUCACAGAAUUGAGAAUUGUAUAAUAUAUUGUUAAUAUAAUAGCAUAUUAUAUUUUACAAGGAUUUUUAAUUAGGGACAUAAGGGGUGGAAUCUAAAGAGUGAAAAAAAUAAUAAAAAAUUUGGCUGAAUACUGAAUAGUGAAAAAUAUAUAUAUAUUUUUUUGUUUCACCAUUGCAUAAUUUACAUGGCCUAAAUGUUUUUUUUGUUGAUAUUCAAAGAAAAAAACAAUACAAUACUACAAUUUCACAAUAUUUAUUAAAACCAGAUUUGAUCACAUCAUCAUAAACGUCAUUGUUCAGCAUAAAUUAUUACUUUUUACUUAAACGGCCGAAUGCUGGAAAUGCUUUUUUGCCAUUUUUGACCAAAUAAAUUGGUUGCCAAAUA